AUGGUGCAUGAGAUACUCUUACUUCAUAUUGAUCCGGUGACAAUUGACUUAAAAGAUACUGAAUCAAUUAAAUUAAUUCAACUCAUACAUACAUGGACAAAAGAUGAUAAUUUCAAUAAUUUUCUAAAGAGGCCCAAGAGAGCAUAUGAUAUAGAAAAUUGGAGUAAUAGACCAGAUAGUGAAACUCGUAAGAAAGUAAUUAUAGAAGAAGUUGAAAAUACAAACGACACUCCACCAUCACCUAUAUCAACAACAUCAUCUUCAUCAACAACACCAUCUUCAUCAACAUCACAAUCUCCAAUAUCACCACCGUUAUGGAAUUGCAUGGAUUAUGAUGAAGACCUGAACAGUAAGAAUGAAGAUAGCGGAAAAGAUUCAAAAAGCAAUAGCCCAAAAGGUAAAACCGGAAAUGAUAUAGAAGGUACACAAAGUAAAAAAGAUGAUGUUAUACUACAUAAGGAAGACACAAAUGGUAAUAUAAAAUAUCCGGAAGAUGAAAGUGGAAAAAAUGAAGGUGACACAAAAGGUUCAAAUGAUAACAGUCGUUUAGGUAGUAUUAAUAGUGUCCAACAAGAAGAUACCAAAGGAAAAUCGAGUGAGUUUUAG